UAAUAAAUUGCACCUCCUUAGCAUUACAGUUUUGACAAUUACAAUUAUUUAUUUGUGCUGGCCAUUUUACUAAGAGAUACAGAGGGACAGAAAUAUUUCUUGACAUUUUUGUGAUCUGUGCCCAUAUUGAAAGGGAAGAAAAAUCGUCGUUGACUUGCCCUGAGUGUAGGUAGGGAGACAAUUUCCAUUGCUACUGAAGGACGCACACAUUCGCCAAAAUUGAUUCGAUAGUUGCGCUCGCCCCGGGCGUGAGCAACGCAAAGGAAAGCGUUUGCAAAGGCUCCCAAUCGAAGGGUGGAGACGCGACGUCAGGUGUCCCUGGCACAUUGGCUAGCGUUGAAAUAAGCCGCGCCCUUGAGGAAAAAGUGCAGCUAUCGGCAGCACCUGGUAAUCAACUUGUCGUGCUACAUGCCAAGGACUCCGACGUUAUGUCCGGAGAUCAAAAAGUGCUAUUAAAAGGCCAUGCCUCUCAGUACGUUAAACUUAAUGUGGGCGGCCGUCUAUAUUACACUACAAUAGGUACGCUGACCAAACACAAUGACACGAUGUUAAGCGCCAUGUUCAGUGGUCGCAUGGAGGUGCUAACGGAUUCAGAGGGGUGGAUUUUGAUUGAUCGCUGCGGUAAUCAUUUUGGCAUUAUAUUAAACUUUCUACGCGAUGGGACCGUUCCGUUGCCGGAAACCAACAAAGAGAUUGCUGAGCUACUUGCCGAAGCCAAAUAUUAUUGCAUCACCGAGCUGGCCAUGUCAUGCGAGCGGGCUCUCUAUGCGCAUCAGGAACCAAAACCCAUUUGCCGCAUACCGCUGAUAACCUCACAAAAAGAGGAGCAACUGUUAAUAAGCGCCUCCUCGAAACCGGCCGUGAUACUGGUGGUGCAGCGCCAGAACAACAAGUACUCGUACACAAGCACCUCGGACGACAAUUUGCUCAAGAAUAUCGAACUGUUUGAUAAGUUAUCGUUGCGUUUUAACGAGCGUAUACUCUUCAUUAAGGAUGUGAUUGGGCCGAGCGAAAUAUGCUGCUGGUCCUUCUACGGACAUGGCAAGAAAGUGGCUGAGGUGUGCUGCACCUCCAUAGUUUAUGCAACAGAUCGUAAGCACACGAAGGUGGAGUUUCCGGAGGCACGCAUUUAUGAGGAGACGCUCCAGGUGCUACUUUACGAGAAUCGAAAUGCUCCCGACCAGGAGCUACUACAGGCCACAUCGUCUGUGCGAGCAGGUGGUGUUAGCGGCGCCAAUAUGCAGCAAUACACCAGUGACGAGGAGGAGGAAAGAACUGGUCUGGCACGACUGCGCUCUAACAAAAGGAGUAAUCCCACUUGACUUAUACCACGAUUUGCACUGCCCCAGAUUUGAUGGCAGAAUUGUGGCGCUUGCAACCUCUGCUGGUUCGGUUCCUGACCUCUCGAGCAGAGGCUGGAAAACUGGGACAAGGAGCACGCCACAGUAGUUGCCAUUAAUUCCUUUACAACAAAUACGUACACACCAACAAGCCAAUAUAUGUAUAUGUAUACAAAAAACAAGCACUGGAAACGUGAUCAUUGAAGCAAGCUAAUGCCCGGCACGAUAAUUCUGACAAAAACAGAAAUCCAAAAAAAAAAAAAAAAAAAUCAAGUCGUUGCCCUUUAACUGCCUUGAGCAUCUUUCCAACUACACGUAAUCGAACUAAUCUACUGAAAGGCCCGACCCAAUUUUAGUGGGGGGGAAAAUAAAGUAUUAAAUGUUUUAUACUAACUACUGCAUACAUACAUAUGUAUGUGUCUCUAA